AGGCCCGCCGAAGGCCGCCCUGUCUUGCCUCCAGCCUCCUUCGGGCCUCCGCCUCGCCAGCCCGCCCCGCUCGUGCCGCGUCCUUCGCCUGCCCAGCUCCCCGCCCCCAUCCCUGGCACCAAGAAGCCGACCCGGCCCUGGAAGGACGCCUCGCAUGCCACUCACUUCCAGAUCAUCGAGGUUCCCGAAGCCUCGCCGCCGCGCCCUCAGGACGUCGCCGAGCAGCCUGACCCGGGUUUUAACCUUCCUGCAGAAGCUGAUAACCUCCCGAGACGCCCGCAGGCCCAGCCGGCGAAGCCCGACCUGGACGGAGUGAACGUCUUGCCACGGUUCCGCCCGAACGCCCCCCCGCAGCAAGAGACUUUCGGAUUCCAGGACCCCCCCAGGAGAGUCUUCAACACGCGCCCCCGCCCUCUGCGCCCGGACAGACGCCCAGUCCUUAGCAAACGCCCACAUUUCUUGGAGAACUUCAAUUUCUUCGGUCGCACGCCCGUAGACCGGCGGCGGGGCGAGACGGGCCCUCUGGUAGACACCAACAACGCGAACGUCAAGGUGAGCACCAAGCAGCCGGAGGGAGACGCGCUUCGCUACAAGCUCCACCACGGCCCCGUCCCCAACAACGCGCAGAAGGUCGUUGUGAUCGGACCGUUCAACCAGCCUCCGCCCGGCGCGCCCAUCAUCCCCCUGCCAGACAAGGAGGUGCCGCCUCCCGUGGCGCCCAAGACUCCCGGGGCGCCAGGCCGAAGAGUCUCAGCUCCUUCCCAGACGAAUUCUGGAGCCGUUAAGAAGCCGGAAGCCCACCUCCCUCCUCCUCCCCCCCUCCAGCAGCAGGCCGCCCCCAGCCCCUCCAGCGAGCCCCGGUCCCUCUUCCUCCUCAGCCGCUCAUCCAGAAGCCGCCGGUGAGCUCUCAGGGUCUGCUAGAAAAGAAGGCUCCCGUGGGUGUCUACAGCGAGACCAUGGACGCCGAGCAUAAAAAGGAAGACAGGAUGACGAACUCGGACGGCGAGACUUCCACGAGCAAGAGCAGCACGCAGGGCCCCUUGCCCAACGCCUCCAGGACUGCCUUGGGCCUCAGUAACCCCGAGGAGGUGAGCGAGGAGCACAAGGAGUCCAUCAUCGCCGGCAGAAUCAGGUUCCCGGCAUUCUCCGGCGUCGAGAGGUCCGACUCAGGCAGCGGCGGCCUCCCCCCCGGCGCCAUCCCCAUGCCAGUGCCCAUCUUCGACGGCUCCAAGCUGGUGGUGCCCAACCAAGCCUCCCGCCGCGUCCUCCGUCUCCCAACGCCUAAGCCAUCCGCCUCGUCCUCCUUCUGGUCCUUCUUAGGCUUCGGGUCCUCCGAGCCCUCCACGCCGCCCGUGGCAGCUGACAGACGGGUUGUUGUGGGCCCUCCUGCGCCGCACUCACCCGCCCACGUGCCCUCGCAGCCCGCCAAUUACAUCCGCCCUCCGCCGCCCUUCAGAUCUCAGCCUCAGCAGGGAGUGACUUCCAAGCCCCGGCCAGUCUACAACCCACGCCCACAACCCUUCUACACCAGAGCAGACCGCCCCGCUCCUGCCACAACCCCGCGUCCUGUGCCGGCCGCGAAUCCACCCCCGGUCUCGCGCCCCGGCUCAGCCACGCGUCCCAACCCACCGGCGUUCGUGGUUCCGUCGGCGCGUCCUGAGGCCACGCCCCGCCCUUUCAGACAGAGCCCUCCUUCGACAGAGCCAAGACCAGUCUAUAGACACACCUCUACAGCUCCCCCGCCCACUGCAUUCACAGCCCGUGACACCCAUGCGCAUCACUGAGUACAACCCCUACUACGCCCAUGCACCACAGUACGAUGAGAAUCGGGGUGGAUUCAAGCCGCCCACGAUUCAGUCUUCCUCUUAUGAUGGUUGGAGGGUCGUGGGCGUGCCGUCUACGCCCCUGGAAGGACAGGGCGACUCGCUUAGCCCCGUCGUGUCCUUCGUGAAGGAGAACACACCCGAGAUCAUUAUCAGGGCGCCCACUCGGGAGAGCAGCGACGACGACGUUGUGACGGGCGUGAUCAGCGACAGGAUGGGCGAGGUCGCCGACGAGGACCAGCUCGUCCAAUUUUCGUCGCGACUCAACGUAGAGACGCCGGGAAUCGUCCAGAGUUACUGGGUCAAGGCGCCGUCCCUCGCCUAAGGCCUCAGGGAAGUGAGG